AUGGAUGAUUCUGCUACUCCCACUGAAUUGGAAGAACGUAUUAUAGACAGUGCCAUCACUCUAUUAACAAAAUCUGUUAUUGACGUUUAUUCCGAGAGAUUUAGAGAAUUGGGCAAGUUAAAUAUGGAAACUUGUUUGAGGUGGCACAAAGUAUUCGAUGAGUUAUUUUCAGACUUGCAAGGAUUCGAAGGGUUUAUAAAAGACGAUAGUUUUCAUAAAGAUUUCUCAAUCAGAGAAGGAGAUACUGUAUUUAAGGGUAAAUUCGCAUACGACUAUGCUGUGCGUGUCAGAGGACAAAUCUAUAUGCGAGUUUUAUCAUACGUCGAUUGGGAAAUCUAUAGAAACUUGUCGGAGGUCUAUAAAAGUGUCAUAAAGCUUAUUCAAUGCAAUCAUGCAAUUAUUGACACUCUCUAUGACUAUAACAGAAGGGUACGCCGCAUGCUCAGUGGUCGCUAUAAGCCUGAAGAAUUGUUCAAGAUGAAGAACGAUAUGGAAAAUGAUAAUAACAUUCAAGAUAUUAUGCCAUUCUUGAAAAGCUUGGAUUUGGGUCUAUAUAUGGGAUUUGCUAAUUUAGCCUAUGCUAGUAAGAAUCUACAUUUGUUUCACUGGGCGACUAGAAUUAAAUUCAUUCAUUAUACUCUUAAGAAAGAAGUAGUCACAAUUGAGGAUAUUUGGUACAGGGUGGAAGAGGCGCCUACUUAUAAAGCAUAUACCAUAAAGUCCCUUAAGGCAAAGAAAUACAAGCGUUCUGCAAAUAGAAAUAAAUAA